AUGGCCUCUCUCUCCUUCUCUCUAGGCAACUCUUCAAAACCCUCUCAGCGAAAAUCAUCUCCACCACCACCGUCAAAAACAACAAAUGGCACGAAACGCGCUCACGCCGCUUUACUCGACGAUGCCAGUGACGAUGACGAAGAAACCAACUCCAAACGCCAAACAAUCACGCACUUUGACAGUACAGCUGGAGGUGCUGUAAACACCCAUGCACCCAAAAAAGAAGAAAAGAAACCUUUGGUUAUUACAGCAUUAGCGAAUAGAGAUUGGAGGGAAGCGUCCAAACGCCAACGAGCCCAGAAAUAUGGAAUUACGAGUGAGCAAUUGGAUGCAAAGACCCAAGGCGCACAAAAUGCAGAAGGAGCGGAUAAAGUGGUUAAAGAGACGGAAGCUGUCAAGUAUGGAUUAAAUGUAUUUGCGCCAUCGGCAACUGCAGAUGCAGAAUAUACACAACAAGAUCAGGAACCAGAACAAUUGCCAGAGGACAAGCCCGAGCAGCAAAAAUCAGCAGAUCAACUUGCCAUCGACGCCCUUAUGGGUGCAGCACCUACAUCCACCCUCACAAUCCCCACAACAGCAAUCACAGAAGAGGACGCCUUCAACGAUUCCUACCACUCCGCUCCUCCGGCACCCUCUCUCUCCGACUACGCAGCCGUUCCAGUCGAAGAAUACGGCGCAGCAAUGCUUCGCGGUAUGGGUUGGAAAGGUCCCUCUGCCGUCCCCUCAAAGCCCACCAACGGCAAGAAAGCACUUCCCCCUGCCAAAAGACCUGCUCUGCUCGGCAUCGGCGCGGACCCCAACGCAGCAGCCCAAGCAGAAGAACUAGGCGCAUGGGGGAAAUCCUCCUCCCGUGGACGAAAAGAACCAACAAUGUUUAUUCCCGUAUCCAUGAAAAAUAAGAAAACAGGAGAAACGCUUACGGAAGAAGAGUUGCGAGAGAAGAUCCGCAGAGACAAGGAAGAAGCAGAAAACCAACGAUUUGUGGUCAAUGAUUUGGAGAUCAGGGACAAGAAACGGGAAAGAAGGGAUGAUGAAGGCAGAAAGAGAAGAGAUGAUUAUUCAGACGACGAAGAAGAAAGACGCCGACGCAGAAAAGACUACGACCGCCACGACUACAAAUCCCGAGACUACGAUCGCAGAGACAGAAGAGAUCGUUCUCGCGACCGCGACAGCAAUCGCGAGAGCAAUCGCGACAGCAAAAGAAACCGUUCUCGCGACUACUACGACAAGAAAUCCUCAUCUCGACGAGACAGGUCUCGUGAUCGCGAAUAUGACAGAAGAGAUAGAGAUUACGAAAAAUCUUCGAGUCGACGGGAUAGAGAGUAUGAGAAAUCUUCGUCGAGAAGAGAUAGGAGUAGGGAUAGAGAUUAUCAUCGCUCUUCAAGGCGAUAG